UCUACCUCUCUUCGGCGGUCUCACGGUCUCUUUCUCCCCCUCUCCGUCCUCCACUUGGCUCGCCCCCAUCGGCAGCUUCGCAGGCUCGCUGCUCUCCCUUCCAAUUGCCGAGGACUCGGAGGCGCUCGGGACCAAGUCUCUGUCGUUGCAGCCAAAAUAGCCACAAUGGCAAUGAACAGCAUCCUCAACGCUGACAACAUCAAGAAAGCACUCGAUGCAUUUGCGGUGGCCGACUCUUUUGACCAUAAGAGUUUUUUUGACAUGAUUGGCCUGAAGAACAAGUCUCCCGACGACGUGAAGAAGGUCUUCACGGUGCUGGACGCCGACAACAGCGGCUAUAUUGAAGAGGAGGAGCUCAAAUUCGUCCUGAAGGGCUUUGCCAAAGAUGGCAGGGACCUGACGGAUAAGGAAACCCAAAUAUUUUUACGCGCAGCUGACAAGGAUGGAGACGGCAAGAUUGGAGUCGAAGAGUUUAUCGCCCUCGUGAAAGAAUAGGCACCUGUGAAGAUUGAAUUGACCCGAAAAGACCUCCUGACCAUCGCCGCAUUCCUAACCCUACGGCCUCCUCCAUCCUCCUUUUGACUGCACAAUGAACCUCCAAGACCCAAACACAAACGGCCUCGCGUCCGCACACGCAUGCACGCGCGCACUCACACGCGCACACUUCUGUGAUGCGCAUUCAAUCCAUCGUCUCCUUUUUCCCACCAACUAUUCUUGUUUGCGCUUAUGUAGAGAGAAUAAAAAACACGCCCGCAGGGACUAGACCUUGCAUUAUAAAGCAAAGUAGAUACGUGAAGAGAUAACAAGCGAGACCUAUUUCCCCCCCUCUGUGCUUCAUCUUUCUUAGCAUUUUAAUUUUCCCGGCCGUUUUUUUUUUUUUUUUUUUUUGCGCCCAGCCCUAAAAAUGAACAUUGGAUUCAGCCAUCCAUCUAGUAAUGAGAUGUAUUAUUGUCAUGCCGUAAGAAGAAAGUGGUAAAGCUGUGAAUGAAAAAUAAAUAUGAAUUAAAUGAAGACAAAUGUGA